AUGUAACUCUCGCCUUGACCCGAUAAAUACGACUUUACUGAAGAUGGCAGACUGUGGAGGACUGCCCCAAGUAGUUCAGGCUGGGAAGCUCACCAAGGCCUUCAAGUACUUUUUGCAGGGGAUGGGCUACAUACCAUCAGCCAGCAUGACCCGGCUCGCCCGAUCACGAACGUACUCAGCCCCCAGUAACAUCGGAUCUGAAAAAACUUAUUUCAACCAACCUGUGACCAGCAGUCAGUCAGAUGGAGUUCGAGAAGCCUGUGAGGCCCCUAAUCUCCCGAACACACACCAGAGCAUGGAAGUGCCCUGCUAAGCAAAUGCGUCCUCUCUGGACCAUGUAAGCCCCUCCUUCAGAUGACCACUCCAUAAUAGAACAUUUCUGUUCUGCAUUA